AUAAGCAUCUCUCUCCCAGCAUCUUCCAAGCACAUUGACACAUUGAGCAGCUUUUAGAACUGCGCAGAAACUUCAGAAACGUCCUACCUGGAUGUGCCUGUAACUCCAUCUUCUCUCUUGGACUUGGUCUGCUGCAGUUAACAGACUUUAGCCAACCCCACAGCUCCCUAGACAAGAGGGAGCACAAUAACGAAGAGACGCUGCUUCUUUCGCAGGUUCUGUCUGGAUGGGGGGAGACACAUGGCAUCUGGGCUUCCGGCUGGGCCUGACUGCUCUGCUGCUCUUUGGUGGAGGAAGAGGGAAAGAGUUCCCCGGCAGCCUGAGCUGCCUGAAUAAUUACGUGACUACCGUGAGCUGCACGUGGGCAAUGGAGGAACCUGUGGGUGAUGGACCUUUCCACCUGCAUUUCACCAACCUCUGGUCAAAGGGCCACAACGCCAGCUGCAAACUGACUGCCAGAGAGAGCACGCGGAAUCAGUACCACUGCACAAUCCACUUAGCCAGCCAGAUCUUGGAAAUAGAUGGUUAUAGAGUCUCUCUCCAAGGCAACUUCUUUGGACGUAAUCACACGUACAUUACCUUCCCAGAGUACAAUCCCCGCGAGCACAUAAAGCUUGAUCCACCUUUGGACAUCCAGAGCAACGUCACUGCCAGCAAGUGUCAAAUAUGGUGGAAUAUGCCUUGGUACCUCGCUGGAAUCCUUCAGUAUGAGUUGCAGUAUAAGGAGUACAGCAUGUCUUGGGAGAUCGCAUUGAACAAGACACUACCCAGUUCGCUGCCACAGAUAGAAAUUGAAGCCUCAGAGCUUCGCAGUGGCAUUGCUUACAUUGCACGAGUUCGCUGCAAAAUUUCUGAAUAUGAGGAGUCGUACCAUAGUCAGUGGAGCGAGUGGAGCCAGACCACAGUGUUCCAAAGAGCAGAUGUACCAAAACUGUCUGAAAAGAUGCUAAAUACCAGAACUAUGCAGUUCUUGUUAAUUCCUCUGAGUUUUGGCACUCUAGUCUACUUAUUUUGGAACUGCAAGCUUUCUUCAAGGGCAAAAAGCCUCUCCUGCUUUAACAUUCCCACGCCAGCUGCUUUCUUCCAGCCACUCUAUAAUUUGCACAAUGGGAAUUUUAAGGACUGGGUUGGACCUAGUAAGGCUUGUAGCCAACUCAGAAGACAAGAGGCCAGCGACUCAAAGAAAGUGACUGCAGAUGGAGAUUCUGAUUUAAACACCCAAGAACUGAUAUCCCAGGUCUCCUUGAAACCUAUGGAAAGCACAAGUCUGGGUGCUGCAGAAGAAAACUUUGUAUUCGCCUCAGGUCCAAGCCAUCAGUAUGUACCCAGCAGGUACAUAAAAGCAGAAGAGAUAGAAGCGAGGCUGGGACUAUUGUUUGCACAAAACCAUGCUGAUGAUACAGCUGACCCAAAAAUCUCUGAAAUAAUUAAAGCCAACCUUCAGAGUCCUAGCAUGGGAAGGAAUUACUCCUCUCACUCACAGCAUGGAAAGGGUGACUUCCUUAUGCUUCAGGAAUCUCUGGAGAUAGUAAACGUGUCCUUCAGCAGUAGCGACUAUUGUACCUUGUGUGACAAUGAUACCACAGGAGGUUUGAUUCCUGCGGAACCCCUGAAGUUCUCCAACGGUAACAGUCUUGCUAAACAUCGGAAUGAGCAGAGUGACCUUCCCUGAGGAAUACUGCCUGCAAAGAUCUUUGUGCUGUCCUCUUCCCUCCCAGCAUUGUCUUCCCAAGUGGCUUACAUGGUGACUGUGCAGACAAUUACAGGUGUAUCAUUGUUAGGUAAAUUCUCAGUUUCUGUAUUUCAAAAGAAGAUUGUGGCCAACUGCCCUGGCUAGCAAACACCACCCCACAGGCAUGGCAAGGCCCCACUCCAGCAACAUCGGCUGUCUCAGGGGACACAUGACCAUGCCCUUCUGUAA